UGCUGAUGUGUGCGCUAGAUGAAAACUUGACUACUGGUCUAUCCUCUGCAUUCGUUGCACUCGCAGUGAUCGUUGCACACUCGUCGCAACGUCGGACGUAUCGUUCGGUAUCAUAACAACACAAUUCCAACAUUUCCAUCGAUUGAAUCUUCGAAUUGCGAGAAAAAACGAGUUUUCGAAUUUUUAAAAUUGAAAAAGAGGACAAGUCAGAGUCAACACCAGAGAAAGUAGAAUCCACUGGGUCUGCGGGAAGCGUCCAAGCGUCUAGGGGUUUGAUCGAUCGAGAAUAAACUGGGGAGUUAAACGCGAGCGGUGUUAAAGCCUUUUUCUGCCUCUCGUUAUUUCCACGAGGAAUAUUAAAUUUUUAUUCUUGUUUAUCGAUUUUUAAAAAUAUUUUCGACGGAGCGAUCGAAACGGUCGACGGCUGUACCACUCACGAAGGGAGGGGCAUGCGAUUCAACAAACGAUGUGGUACUUCGGAGUAGUUGUUAAUGUAGUAUGUGUGUGACAACGGGAUUGACAACAUGGAUACAGUGGGUAAUUGCACACUGCCGGCAAUCGAGGACUUUCCACAUGACCUGUUUGACGAGGGGCAACGACAAGCCGGUGCUGUCGUCGUACAUGUCCUCAUAUCUCUUUACCUGUUCAUCGCUUUAGCGGUAGUAUGCGACAAAUUUUUCGUACCUGCUGUAGAAAGAAUAUGCCAUGCGUUGUCAAUGUCGAAGGACGUUGCAGGCGCCACGUUCAUGGCAGCCGCGACAUCCGCACCCGAGUUGUUCGUCAACGCAAUUGGCACAUUCAUCACCGAAGGUGAUAUCGGUGUCGGUACAAUAGUAGGAUCGGCGGUCUUUAAUAUUCUCGCAGUGCCCGCCUGCUGUGGAAUUGGCGCUGGAAUGGUCGUUCCACUGGAUUGGUGGCCAGUGAGCAGGGACUGUUUGGCCUACGGCGUCACAGUUGCAAUCUUAAUCUGCAUUAUUCACGAUGAGAGGGUGGAGUGGUACGAGGCACUGUGCCUGGUCCUCCUUUACAUCGUUUACAUCGCCGUUAUGUACUGGGACAAGUCCUUCCAACGGUGUACGAGAUUCCGGACGAAGAACAGCGCCUCAUCUUCAGAGGAUGGGCGAAUUACUCCAGGAGACGCUGGGGAAAUGCACUUAUCAAGAUCCGAUAAAUUGCAGUCGCCGGGUGAGAGAGUUGAGCAAAUUGCAACCAUCGAUGUACCACUGCAGAAUGGUGGCACUAAAAGCCAGGAGGAGAAUCACGAUGCUGAUUAUGAAUAUGAAUUGCUCGUUUGGCCAGCCCGAGGAGGAUGGAUCCGAAAAACCGCCUGGAUCCUCACCUGGCCAAUUCACCUCAUCUUCAUGUGUACAAUCCCCGACUGUGAGAAGCCAAGAUUCAAAAAAUGGUUUCCAAUAACAUUCCUCAUGUGCAUCAUAUGGAUAGGCUCACUCAGUUACGUCGUAGCCUGGAUGAUCACAAUUAUCGGCGACACACUGAAGAUACCAGACUCGGUUAUGGGUAUAACAUUUUUAGCUGCUGGAACUAGUGUGCCAGAAGCUGUCUCAAGUGUUAUUGUAGCGAAACAAGGUCACGGAUCGAUGGGAAUCAGCAACUCGAUCGGCUCAAAUACAUUCGACAUACUGCUGUGCCUCGGCUUACCCUGGCUCAUCAAGUCAUCAUUCUCACCGACUAUUCCUGGUCGUCACUUCAUAAGCAUCAACUCCGGUGGUCUAGAGUACAGUGCAAUAUCACUACUCUCGACUCUAUUACUCCUAUACAUAGCGUUUGCAUCAAACAAAUUUCAGCUUGAUCAGAAAGUUGGACGUGCUUGUCUCUGCAUGUACGCAGUCUUUCUCAUUCUCGCCUCGCUUAUCGAGCUCAAUGUAUUCUUCAGGGUAAAUCUUCCAACUUGCAAAAAAACAGUCAAGUGAUAUGAAAUUUCCUAGAAUCUCAAUCAUUAUCAUUCAAUUAUUAUUUUUUUGUAAUUCUUCUGAGAAUUGGGGUUUUGCAUGAAAUCAGAAUGGAAAAUAUUAGUUGAAUAUUUCGAGGAAUAUUUAAUGCUCUCCAUUCUAUUUUCAUUUUCGACAAUAAUAAACACGUACGAAAAAAUUUCGUAGGAACACCUAGUAUUUUAGUCAGGACAUUUUAUUGAAUUUCUGUUGAACUUCCUUAGAAAAUUCUAAUCGUUUCCCGUGGAUUUCAUUGAAGGACGUCGUUCUUCUGCGCAUUUUCUUUUCAAUUAAAAUGUUGAGUUGAAAAUGUUUUACAGAAAAAAUCAACAGAUGUUGAUGUUUUACUUGGAGUCUUCUGUCCUAUUUCAGAAACCAAAAAUCUGUCUUAUCGUUAUUUCCUCACUCUUAUUCUGACCCUUAGUUUCUGAUGCUCAUUCUGAUUGUAUUUGUUUACUUCUAUUCUGACUUUUAUUCUCACCCCUAUUUUUUGACUCUUAUCUUAAUUCCCUGUUCUAAUUUUAUAUCGCCAGAAGUCGAUUUAGAAUUCUAUAAUAUGGACAGAUACGACUCACCUUGUGGAGAAGGUUUACGUUUUGAUUUUUUCCUCAACGCAAGGAGUAAAAAAUCCAGUGAAAAAAUUCAAAAACUUAUAUCUCAGUAGAAUAGGUUACAUAAAACAUUCAAAAUCUAUUGAUUUCUUCCAUAAAAUAUUUUUUGCAUCGAACAUUUCUGUCCAAAAACUAAUAGAGUUUUCGAUAGAAGUACAAUAGAAUGUCCUAGGCUGCGCUCAGUUUUUCUAUCGAAUGUUCUCGUACGUGAAAUAUCAUGCAAAGCCCAAAUCAUUGAUCUACCACUGAGAUAUUCGGAUUACGGUCUGAGUGUGCUGGCAUUUUUUUUCGUUAUUAUUUCUUUCACAAGAAAACACGUGUCGUCAGAGGUACAUGAGGGGGUGUUUCUGAAGCACCAGAAUGGCUGUUAUAUAACACCCUGUCUUUAAAGGUGCGCUACGUAAUAUCGACUCAGAGACUUUCAAAUUUAUUCGCAUAAAAUAUCUACAUGGGCGCACACGUAUUAUUUUCCCCCCUUCGCCCUCCCACUACCCUAUUCUACUCUUUGUGUACAGUUUUUAUCACACACUUGAUACCAAGAAUUCAAAAAGGCAUUUUAUACGUUCAUAACUCUUCUGGAAUUUUUUUUUCCCCCUUCCUUUAGAACACUCGAGACUCAACUUUUAGCCGAAGAUUAUUAUUCUCGUGUAUUAUUUCAGUGUCUGUUAAUUUCUAGGGAAUUCUCUCAGCUCUCUCUUUCUCUCCCUCGCUCUCUACUUGAUAGUGACUAUUUUGGUAAUUUUUAAGUUAAGUGGACAUCAUUUUUAUUUUUAUUUUUUUGGCACGAAGAUUGAAACAACGAAGUUGAUAAUGAGUGCCGGCAAAUGAGUCAAUUAUUGCGUCGAUUUUAGGUCAAGGUUGCACAAGUGGAAAAUUUUAUUCUUGGAAAUUGUUGAAUUAAGGAAAAUUGAAAAGUGGAACAUACGUAGCUAGUUAAAUUUACGACUUAAGAUUAAUAAAUUGCAGUAAUAAAUUAUUAUAAAAGAAUA